UGCAUGCACCAUUGCUAUGAAUGCGUCACUUCCGUAAAGCUUCCGUGACUGAACAGGUGCGAACACAUGAGGAAGUUGACAUUGCCAGUUUCUUGUCGGUUUUCCAAAUCCUCUAGACAAUUCCAUGGCUUCGGCAUGUAUGCAGCUGUGCUCCUGUCUGCUCCGCUUAAAGACAACAAGGAUCGCAUUGCAAUACUCUUCACGAGCUCAGAAAUGCCCUGUAGCUUCCUCCGGUGUUCCGGUGAUGUCGUCUAUCCUCCACAGCGCCCACACCUCAUCUCUGACACGACCGAGUUCAAGACUGAGAUUACAUCGUCGCAGCUAUUCCAGUACCAACACCCACACAAGUCUAACCAAGGACAUUGAAGCACAACCAGAGUUAUCUGCUGGGGAAGUUGUCCCAUACAAGAACCCCCUGUCCCAACAAUUAAGGGAUGGAAUGACCUUGACUGAAGUACAGCAGAUAUCUUUGGACCUGGACGCCGCCCCGCGCCUCUCUCCUCUCGAUGAGAUCAGCGACGAGGAGGCCCUGCGUUUGGAGGUCCCUUCUGCCUUGCCCCCUGCCUCCUUCUCUCUCAGAGACUACGUGGAUGAAUCAGAGACUCUUAGCAAGCUGGUCCAACUCGGUGUGAAUAUCUGGAGGCUGGAGCAGAGGCCGAACGUGGGCUCCAUGCUGCUGAAGCUGGACUUCCACACCGACGUGGCGCCCCGGCUGGUGUUCCUGAAGGAGAUCGGGGUGGAGGAUUUCCGUCUGGGACACAUAGUGUCCCACAACCCCUUCAUCCUCACAGAGAGCUUGGAGAACCUGCGGGCCAGGGUGGCGUUUCUCCGGUCCAAGAAGUUCAGCUCUGAGGAUGUGGCGUCCAUGGUGUCCAGGGCCCCGUACCUGCUAAACUUUAGUGUUCAGAGGCUGGACAACAGACUUGGCUUCUACCAGAAACAGCUAGGCCUCAGCACUCAGAAGACUCGGGACCUUGUCGGGCGUCUUCCCAGACUUCUGUGUGGCAGUUUGGAGCCCGUCAAAGAGAAUCUUAAAGUGUUCCAACUGGAGCUUGGCUUUAGGGAAAAUGAAAUCCAGCACAUCGUCGUGACGAUUCCUAAAGUUCUCACGGCCAACAAGAAGAAACUGACCCAGAUAUUUGAUUACGUCCACAACACCAUGAACGUUCCUCAGUCUCUCAUCGUCAAGUUCCCACAGGUCCUGAAUUCCAAGUACCUUCGUAUCAAGGAGAGACACCUGUUCCUGCAGUACCUGAAGAAGGCCCAGUACGACCCAGCCCUGCCAAACUACAUCUCCCUUGAUCGUCUGGUCUCUCUUCCUGACCAGGACUUCUGUACUGAGUUGGCAUCAGCCACUCUGGAGGACUUUGAGCUGUUUCUGAAGACACUGUAGGAUGGAAGGACAUGUUGGGAGUUCAAUGGGAGGAUCAAUGCUUCCCACUUUACUGUCCAUAAACUGAAACUGUGACAACUAUAUGCUGGAUACUAGUAUUACAAGUAUUCAGAAUAUAGUAGUGUGGUAAAGUACCAGCUAUAUUAGUAUUGACUCUGUGGUAACAAUCUCAAAUGUACAUGUUUUGGACACCUGUGAUAUGAACUGCAAAAAUAAAGAUAUUUAGUAA